AUGCCGUCUAUUAGCCCCUCAACCCUCCUUGCACUUCUCUUGCCAUUGUCACAAACCGUAAUGGCAAGAUUCACCCCAAGGGACCUCUUGAGCGCGCCACGCCGCGGUGAAGCCGUACCAAACAAGGCCGGUACGCUUGCCAUCUUCCAUUCGUCGACGUACUCGUUCGAUUCCCACAGCAAGACCUCUACAUGGAGCUUGCUCAACCUAGACACCGGCGCGACCUCCGUGCUGUUUGAUGACUCUGCGGUCCAGGAGGUGGUCUGGCUUAACGACGAUAGCAUCCUGUACAUUAAUGAGACGAACCCAGACGUAAAGGGCGGGUCGCAGCUCUGGCUGUCGAAUUGCCACAACACGGAUACAAGAAAGCUGUUCGCAUCUCUCAACGCCCCCGUAUCAAACCUCAAGCCUGUUGUUCGGGGUGAGCACCUGAACUUUGUGGUCUCGGCGCUCUCAACCCCCUCGACCGGUGAGGCCUAUAACGAAAAAACAGCGCCGAAGAAGUAUACUUCCGGGCUGUCCUACGAGUCGUUGUUUGUCCGUCACUGGGACUCUUAUGUCAAGCCCGAAAGGUCUUCCAUCUUUACCGGCCCCGAAUCGCACGGUGACGCUGUGAACAAACAGUUGAUGAGCCUUCUUGGCUCCGGCACGAAGCUCGAGACGCCCGUAGCUCCCUUCGGCGGCGCAGAAGACUUUACCAUCUCCCCCGACGGCGACACAGUGGCGUUCCUGUCAAAGUCGCCCGACUUGAACCCCGCCAACAACACCCAGACACUCGUCUACACCGUCCCCUUCUCCGGCGGAAGCAAGCCAUGCCCCAUAAACCCCCCCGAAAAGAAAGACACAGACGGCAACCUCAUUGCCCAAGGCGCCUCUUCCUCCCCCGUCUACUCGCCCGACGGCAAGUACAUCGCAUACCUGCAGAUGUACCAGAACGGCUACGAGAGUGACCAAAACAAGAUCUUCCUCCACGAGAUCUCCUCCUCCAAGACUACGCUGUUACUGAAGGACUGGGAUAACUCUCCAUCAAAGCUUGUGUGGGCUCCGGACAGCGCCGCAUUGUAUAUGGUAGCGGAGAACAAUGGGCGUGGGAAGCUCUUUAAGACAGGUAUUGUGGGUGCGACCUCCGGGGAUGUAGAGGAGCUCAUCAGCGAGAAUUCGGUCAACGGGGUACACAUCCUCCCCACCGGGAAGCUGCUCAUCUCGAAGAACUCGCUCACGUCGUCCACUGGAUACUUCACUCUUGAUCCGUCCUCGAAAACCGUCACAUCACUUCUCUCACCUGUAAAAGUAGACAAAGAGCUGUCAUCACUCGAGAAGGUUGUUGUGGAAGACUUCUCCUUCAAGGGAGCUGAGGACGUAGAGGUUCAUGGCCUCGUUACGAAGCCGAGCAACUUUGACGCCAAGAAGAAGUGGAAGAUGGCUUUCUUCAUCCACGGCGGUCCUCAGGGAGCUUGGACAGAUUCAUGGAGCACCAGGUGGAACCCAGCUGUGUUUGCGGAGCACGGGUACGUAGUUGUAGCUGUGAAUCCCACAGGAAGCACUGGGUACGGGCAAAAGUUUGUCGAUGGCAUUCAGGGACAAUGGGGUGGCAGACCAUAUAUCGAUUUGGAGAAGGCCUUUGAGUAUCUUGAGAAGUCGGAGAAGUACAACUACAUUGACUUUGACAACUCGGUAGCCUUGGGCGCCAGCUACGGCGGGUACAUGAUCAACUACAUCCAAGGAAAGCCGCUCGGAAGGAAAUUCAAAGCACUCGUCUGCCAUGACGGCGUCUUCUCAACACUGAACCAGUACUCCUCCGAAGAGCUCUACUUCCCCCAACACGACUUUGAAGGCAAAAUCUGGGAGAACCGCGCCGGGUACACCAAAUGGGACCCCGCCGUGCUGGUCAAAAACUGGGCCACGCCGCAGCUCGUGAUCCACAACGAGCUGGACUACAGGCUCCCCGUGAGCGAGGGCUUGGCUGUGUUUAAUAUUUUGCAGGAGCUGGGCGUGCCGAGUAAGUUUUUGACGUUUCCUGAUGAGAACCAUUGGGUUUUGAAGCCGGAGAAUAGCUUGUUUUGGCAUGAGACGGUGCUGGAGUGGAUUGAUAGGUGGACAGAGGGGAAGAAGGAGGAGGUGUUGAGGGUGCAGGGGGAGUUGUGA